GGUCCGCGCGCGUCCAGUCCCGAGGCCGACGCCAGCACGCCCCCAUGGCCCCCGCAGCGGCGUCGCGUGGCAGCACCCUGCCCAGCGGCUUCGCGGUCUUCACCACUUUCCCGGACCUGCUCUUCUUCUUCGAGUUUGUCUUCGGGGGCCUGGUGUGGAUCCUGGUCGCCUCAUCCCUGGUGCCCAUCCCCCUGAUCCAGGGCUGGGUGAUGUUUGUGUCCGUGUUCUACUUCCUGGCCACAACAACCCUGCUUGUCCUGUACAUAAUUGGUGCCCAUGGCGGGGAGACUUCCUGGGUCACCCUGGAUGCAGCCUACCACUGUGUCGCUGCCCUGUUUUACCUCAGCGCCUCUGUCCUGGAAGCUCUGGCCACCAUCGGGAUGCAGGAGGGCUACACCUAUAAACAGUACCACGAGAACAUCUCUGCCGUGGUGUUUUCAUACAUGGCCACUCUGCUGUAUGUGGUCCAUGCAGUGUUUUCUUUAAUCAGAUGGAAGUCUUCAUAAAGCCGCAGAACUUUUGCUGAAAACUCAGACGGUGUUCACUGAUCAGCCCGCCUUCCAGCAUAACAUUUUAGAAUGCACAAAUACUCCCAAUCGUGGAAAAAAGAAAACAAAAAGCAACGCUCUGUUUCUUGUGGGUGUUAUGUUUACUCUCCCAUAUACCUUCAUGUCAGGGUUGGGGGCUUGCUGCGUUUAAUCUCCAAUGACUGAGCUGUCUUUCUAGAGUCAUUUUCUGUUUGUGACAGAGGGCUGUUGUGGUGGGAAAUGGGGACUGUGACCGUGAAACCAAGAUCCCCUGCUGACCCCUGGACGAGAUCUUGAGAACUGUCUGUUGGAAUUUUCCACAAGCUCUCUUGAGUACCCAUCCUGGGGCUCGUUUCCAAGUCUUCGUGGAUAGUCUACCUGUCCUGGGGAGUAAAGCUCACCCAACAAGUAUCUGCAGAUGUCCACAGUGGAAGAUGAUAAACCUUUGAAAUACUUUA